AUGGCGGGGGCCUGGCUCAGGUGGGGGCUCCUGCUGUGGGCAGGGCUGCUGGCCUCAUCGGCGCACGGCCGGGUGCGCAGGAUCACGUACGUGGUGCGCCCGGGCCCCGGCCUGGCGGCGGGCGCCUUGCCCCUGGGCGGGCCCCCGCGCCCGCGGACCUUCAACGUCGCGCUCAACGCCAGGUACAGCCGCAGCUCGGCCGGCGCCGGGGCCCACUCGGAGCGGACUCGGCGCACCAGCCCGCCCGGCGGCGCGGCCCUGCAGGGGCUCCGGCCGCCUCCGCCACCGCCGGAGCCGGCGCGUCCCGGGGGCCCCGGAGGGCCGCUCCACCCCAAGCCCGGCGGUCACCCGGCGGCCGCCCCGUUCGCCAAACACGGCAGGCAAGCGAUGCGCUCCAAGGUGCCGCAGGAGACCCAGAGCGGCGGGGGCUCGAGGCUGCAGGUUCACCAGAAGCAGCAGCUGCAGGGGGUCAAUGUCUGUGGUGGGCAGUGCUGUCAUGGCUGGAGUAAGGCCCCCGGCUCCCAGAGGUGCACCAAACCAAGCUGUGUUCCACCGUGUCAGAAUGGAGGGAUGUGUCUCCGACCUCAGCUGUGUGUGUGUAAACCAGGGACCAAGGGCCAAGCCUGUGAGACAACGGCUGCCCAGGACACCUCGUCCCCAGGCCUCGGAGGGCAGAGUCCUGCGGCCGCUUCCUCCUGGGUCCCUCCUGAGCAAGCCUCGAAGCACACUUCAUCUAAGAAGGCAGACCUUCUCCCAAGAGUCAGUCCUCUGGCCCAGAUGACCUUGACCCUCAAGCCGAAGCCUUCAGUGGGACUCUCCCAGCAGAUCCAUUCUCAGAUGACACCCCUUUCUUCACAGAAUGUGAUGAUACAUCAUGGCCAGACCCAGGAAUACGUGCUCAAGCCCACGUACUUCACAGCCCAGAAGGUGAUUUCUGGAGAGCAGUCCACUGAAGGUUCGUUCCCUUUACGAUUCGGGCAGGAUCAUAUGGCAGCACCUUUUCAGUUGAGUAACCACACUGGCCGCAUCAAGGUGGUCUUUACUCCGAGCAUCUGUAAAGUGACCUGCACCAAGGGCAGCUGUCAGAACAGCUGUGAGAAGGGGAACACCACCACUCUCAUUAGUGAGAAUGGUCACGCUGCCGACACCCUGACAGCCACGAACUUCCGAGUGGUAAUUUGCCAUCUUCCAUGUAUGAAUGGAGGCCAGUGCAGUUCAAGGGACAAAUGCCAGUGCCCUCCAAAUUUCACAGGGAAGCUCUGUCAGAUCCCGGUCCACGGGGCCAGCCUGCCUAAAGUGUAUCAGCAUUCCCAGCAGUCAGGCAAGGCGCUGGGAACGCAUGUCGUCCACUCAACACAUACUUUGCCUCUGACCAUGACCAGCCAGCAAGGAGUCAAAGUGAAAUUUCCUCCUAACAUAGUCAAUAUCCAUGUGAAGCACCCUCCUGAGGCCUCGGUCCAGAUACAUCAGGUUUCAAGAGUUGACGGCCCAACAGGUCAGAAGGUUAAAGAAGCUCAACCAGGCCAGUCCCAAGUCCCUUACCAAGGCCUUCCUGUCCAGAAGACCCAGACGGUCCAUUCCUCAUACCAGCAAGUCAUUCCUCAUGUGUACCCGGUGGCUGCUAAGACCCAGCUGGGCCGGUGCUUCCAGGAAACCAUUGGGUCACAGUGUGGCAAAGCGCUCCCUGGCCUUUCAAAGCAGGAGGACUGCUGUGGAACUGUGGGCACCUCCUGGGGCUUUCACAAAUGCCAGAAAUGCCCCAAGAAGCCAUCUUAUCAUGGAUAUAAUCAAAUGAUGGAAUGUCUACAAGGUUAUAAACGGGUUAACAACACCUUUUGUCAAGAUAUUAAUGAAUGCCAACUACAGGGUGUGUGCCCUAAUGGUGAGUGUUUGAAUACCAUGGGCAGCUACAGAUGUACCUGCAAAAUGGGAUUUGGGCCAGAUCCUACCUUUUCAAGUUGUAUUCCGGACACCCCUGUGAUCUCGGAAGAGAAAGGGCCCUGUUACCGGCUUGUCAGUUCCGGAAGGCAGUGCAUGCACCCGCUGUCUGUCCACCUCACCAGGCAGCUGUGCUGUUGUAGCGUGGGCAAGGCCUGGGGCCCACACUGUGAGAAAUGUCCCCUUCCAGGCACAGCCAAGGAAGAACCAGUGGAGGCCCUGACCUUCUCCCGGGAACAGGGGCCAGGAGCGGUGGAGCCAGAAGUGGCAACUGUACCUCCUGAGAAGGAAAUACCUUCACUAGAUCAAGAGAAAACCAAACUUGAGCCUGGUCAACCCCAGCUCUCUCCAGGCAUUUCAACCAUUCAUCUGCAUCCACAGUUUCCAGUAGUGAUUGAAAAAACAUCACCUCCUAUGCCUGUGGAAGUAGCUCCUGAAGCUUCAACAUCAAGCGCCAGCCAAGUCAUUGCACCUACUCAAGUAACAGAAAUCAAUGAAUGUACUGUGAACCCUGACAUCUGUGGAGCAGGACACUGCAUUAACCUGCCAGUGAGGUAUACCUGUAUAUGCUACGACGGCUACAAGUUCAGUGAGCAACAGAGGAAAUGUGUUGAUAUUGAUGAAUGCGCUCAGGAUCAACACCUUUGCUCCCAGGGACGCUGUGAAAACACUGAGGGAAGUUUCUUGUGUAUUUGCCCAGCAGGAUUCAUGGCCAGUGAGGAGGGUACUAACUGCAUAGAUGUCGAUGAGUGUCUGAGGACAGACGUCUGUGGGGAAGGGCACUGUGUCAAUACCAUGGGGGCCUUCCGGUGUGAAUACUGCGAUAGCGGGUAUCACAUGAUGCCAGGAGGCCACUGCGAGGAUGUUGAUGAAUGUUUGACUCCAAGUACUUGUCCAGAUGAGCAGUGCGUGAAUUCUCCCGGAUCUUACCAGUGUGUUCCCUGCACGGAAGGGUUUCGAGGCUGGAAUGGGCAGUGUCUUGAUGUGGAUGAAUGCCUGGAACCAAAGAUCUGCACAAAUGGUACUUGCUCCAACCUUGAAGGAUCCUACAUGUGUUCAUGCCAUAAGGGCUACAGCCCAACUCCAGACCACAAGCACUGUAAAGAUAUUGAUGAGUGUCAGCAAGGGACGAUGUGCAUGAACGGGCAGUGCAGAAACACCGACGGCUCCUUCAGGUGUUCCUGUGGGCAGGGCUACCAGCUGUCAGCAGCGAAAGACCAGUGUGAAGAUAUUGAUGAAUGCCAGCACCAUCAUCUCUGCAGUAACGGGCAGUGCAGGAACACAGAGGGCUCCUUCCGCUGCAUUUGUGACCACGGUUACAGAGCAUCCGCCCUUGGAGACCACUGUGAAGAUAUCAAUGAAUGCUUGGAGGACAAGAGUGUUUGCCAGGGAGGCGACUGCAUUAAUACUAAAGGGUCCUAUGAGUGUACUUGUCCAGAUGGAUUCCAGCUAAAUGACAAUAAAGGAUGUCAAGAUAUUAAUGAAUGUGAACAACCCGGACUCUGUGGUCCUCAUGGAGAAUGUCUAAACACAGACAGUUCUUUUCACUGCAUCUGCGAACAGGGUUUCUCAAUUUCUGCAGAUGGACGAACGUGUGAAGAUAUUGAUGAAUGUGUAAACAACACUAUUUGUGACAGUCACGGGUUUUGUGACAAUACGGCUGGCUCCUUCCGCUGCCUCUGUUAUCAGGGCUUUCAAGCCCCACAGGAUGGGCAAGGGUGUGUGGAUGUGAACGAAUGUGAGCUGCUCAGUGGCGUGUGCGGUGAAGCCUUCUGUGAAAAUGUGGAAGGGUCCUUCCUGUGCGUGUGCGCUGACGAAAGCCAGGAAUACAGCCCCAUGACCGGGCAGUGCCGCUCCCGGCUCUCCACAGACUCAGAAGUAGAUCAACCCAGAGAGGAGAAGAAAGAAUGCUACUAUAAUCUAAACGACGCCAGUCUUUGUGACAACGUGCUGGCUCCCAAUGUCACCAAGCAGGAGUGCUGCUGCACGUCCGGCGCUGGGUGGGGAGAUAACUGUGAGAUUUUCCCCUGCCCGGUCCCGGGCACUGCUGAAUUCACUGAAAUGUGUCCUAGAGGGAAAGGUUUUGUCCCCUCGGAAGAAUCCUCUUACGGCGUUGAUGGUGAGAACUAUAAAGAUGCAGAUGAAUGCCUACUUUUUGGACAAGAGAUCUGCAAAAAUGGCUUCUGUAUGAAUACUCAGCCUGGUUAUGAAUGCUACUGUAAGCAAGGGACAUACUAUGAUCCUGUCAAAUUGCAGUGCUUUGAUAUAGACGAGUGUCAAGACCCCAGCAGUUGCAUUGAUGGCCAGUGCGUUAAUACAGAAGGCUCUUAUAACUGCUUCUGUACCCACCCAAUGAUCCUGGAUGCUUCGGAAAAAAGAUGUAUCCGACCAACUGAAUCACAUGAGCAAAUUGAAGAAACCGAUGUCUACCAGGAUCUGUGCUGGGAACACCUGAGUGAUGAGUAUGUGUGUAGCCGGCCUCUUGUCGGCAAGCAGACGACGUAUACGGAGUGCUGCUGUCUGUACGGGGAGGCCUGGGGUAUGCAGUGCGCCCUCUGCCCCAUGAAAGACUCAGGUGAGCCCCGGCCAAGUCCUUCUGCUCGAGGUGUUUGUGACCCAGUUCUCCUUACCUCCUUUGGAAGCUGA